UGUGUCUUUUCAACCGCUAGACUGCUGCAGCGCUCUCGACUGAACCUGUCGCUGUUCGCACUAUUCGCAGAGCUACUGCUCCGUUCUCGCCUCAGGAGCGAGCCAGCUGUCCGCCGGUGCAACGCUCAAAGCUCCGCUGCACGCCGUCGCCGAGCAACCACUGGCACUGCAAGUGCUCUCUUAAACCAAAUUCACGCCGUCGCCGAGGCAAUCAGUCAAAGUGCACCGCACAAAGCCAAAAAUGGCCGCCGACACGCCACCCGACCCCAAAUUCAUCUUCUUCGACUGCGACGACACUCUGUAUCGGAACGACUGGAAGACCGGAGAUCGACUGACGCAGAAAAUCGCGCAGUACACGGAGUCCGAAUUGGGCGUCGACGGCGCCAAAGCUUAUGAACUUUAUAAAACACAUGGGACGUGUUUGAAAGGGUUGUUGGCGGAAGGGCUCCUGCCGCGCGAUCGCAUCGAGGAGUACCUCGCCGCGGUCCACGACGUCUCGCUGGACGAGAUUCACGAGGACCCGGCCAUGCGGUCGAUCGUGGCAGCCUGCCGGACGAAGGCCGACCGCUUCGUGUUCACGGCGUCCAUUUCCGAACACGCGAAGCGAUGCCUCGAGCGCGUUGGCGUCGACGACCUCUUCACGUGCAUUAUUGAUACGCGGACGUGCGACCUGGAGACGAAGCACUCCGCCCAGGCCUUCGAGAAGGCCAUGAGGGCUGCGGGCGCGUCGGAUCCUUUGGCUUGUAUGCUUAUCGACGAUAGCGUGAAAAAUAUAAGGACGGCCAAGACGCUGGGCUGGACGACGGUGCUGAUCGGGAAGCAUGAGAGGGACACAGGCAACGCGUUUGAGUGCCCGGAGGCGGACUUUCAUUUGAACGACGUCUAUGAGUUGCCAUCAGUGAUGCCGCACCUGUUUCCAUCACUCAAACCGCCGUACCCGCGGCCAUAGGUAAUUCAUUUAACUUUAUCGGCUUGUUAU